AUGGCUGGCACAGUGGGGACGCUUCCAUAUUCUACUGAAACCGUCACCACGUUCUGGUCCACGUCUGUCGUCACAGUACUGGCAUCAACAUCAGGUAUAGAUUCCACAACAACCACAACAUCACCAACAACAACCACAACAUCACCAACAACCACAACAUCACCAACAACAACACCACCACCACCACCACCACCAAGGCAAACACGUACAACCAGUCGCUCAACAUCAGGAUGGAGCAACAUCACAACGUCGACACAAUCACAUUCAAGGAUAUCCCGGCCACCCGCCAUCAGCCAGCCCACGUCUGGCGCAUUGGCCGCUCUGCCAUCAGUGGUCACUUCAAUCUCAAACUAUACCCUGCCACCUGUAGUGACAGCCAUUCCUACCGCACGCCUUUCUUCCUCAAACAAUGCGACAACAACUGCUAUGCGAUCAAGCAACCCGCACAAACGUGCUGUCAUCGGCGGACUUUCAGGCGCCAUAGCAGGACUUGUCGUCAUUGGCGUGCUUAUAUGUCUGGUGCUACGAUGGCGGCGAAAGGAUCAUGACUCUGAUCUCACCUCGUUGACGGAGAAGGCAGACAGCGAAGAGGCACGACCGCCGUUCAAACAGAAGCUGACCGCUUUCGCUACGCUUCUGCCAAUCAGUCGUCUUGCCAGAGAUUCACCCAGCAGCAGUCAAGUGCGGCCGCACAGCAUCUCGCCCGUGAGCGUGGAUGAAGACCAUCGCAUGAUCCGCAUGAGCACCAGGCAUUGGCCACGACCCUUUGUUCCGGGUGCCGGGGAAGGCUACCGAGACUCAGCACCUCUCGGCCAGCUGCGAGUCGUCAAUCCGGAUCUCCCUCGUCCUACCACACCACGACGAUCGACUGAUACAGCGACCAGCUUCCUGCGAAAACCACGGGAGGCCUUAGCUGGGUUUGUGUUCACCUCGCCAAGACCGCAGUCUGUAGGCAGGAUGAGGCCAAUUGCGCCUGCUCAAGAUUUGCCCACUACAGCAGUGGUAGACCCUACUCUGUCUCGGGAAUGUGUGGCAACCUAUGCUUCGACACCAUCAUUCAGGUCUUACCCAUCCUUGAUCUCACUGCCUACCGUACAGCAACACCCAGCUGAGGAUCCUUUCUUCACGCCGCCCGGUGAGACAGAGAAACAGCUACCUGCUCUACCACAUGAGCCAGAGCCAUCUACGACAUCUGUUUCUGGAUCGGCUAGCAAGACUCGGAAUAUUCUUGGCUCCUUGCUUCAUCCUAUGCGAGCACGAGCAAAUACUACCAAUUCACAGCCAGCAACACAGGCCCACGGACUAUCGCACUUCUCUGUUUCCACCAACGCUUCGAGAAGUAGUAGGCGCAGCGACCCUUUCGAUCUGGAUAGACCGAGCAUCCGUGGCAGUACGCCUGCCCGAUCUGGACACGAAUGUCACCGGGAAGGCCAUGCUCCCGUUCGGACCUUGUAUGAGGGUACUUGA